AUCUCUUUCCCCAAUUUUUGGCUUUCCAAUGGACGCAGGAGCUUUCAAUUUCGCUCCAUCUCCGGGAGGAUUCUUUUCGGUACACGCUGCAGGAGCACUCUUUUAAAGCUAUGGUCUAGCGUCUAGAAGGAGGAGGUAACCUCACAGCGUGGUCUCAGGAUUCGUUAGCAUCUGGGACUUAUAUAUAGGGUCCAGUCCUUCCCUUUUAUGCCGCCAUUCUUCCGGCGGUGCGAUCGACGAGGAGGACGAGAGAGGAAAAAGAAGUGCUUUCAGGAAAGAGAGAGGCUGGAAAGAGAGAAGGAGAGCGAGAGAUGGAGAGAUCUCAGAUCUGGUUCUCCUUUGGAACCCUAACCCUCAUACUAUCUCUCCUCUUCGUCUCUGCUGUCGCCGACGACGUCUUCGUGCUCACCGAGGCCAACUUCGAGGAGGAGGUCGGCCAAGAUCGUGGUGCCCUCGUCGAGUUCUACGCCCCUUGGUGUGGGCAUUGCAAGAAGCUUGCCCCUGAAUAUGAAAAGCUCGGUUCAAGUUAUAAGAAGGCUAAAUCAAUUUUGAUAGGAAAGGUGGACUGUGAUGAGCACAAGAGCUUAUGUAGCAAAUAUGGGGUUUCAGGAUACCCAACAAUACAAUGGUUUGCAAAAGGCUCCUUGGAACCAAAAAAGUAUGAAGGCCCACGAACUGCAGAAGCCCUUGCUGAAUUUGUAAAUAAUGAAGGAGGGACGAACGUAAAAGUGGCAACUGUUCCUUCCAGUGUAGUAGUACUAACAGCAGAUAAUUUCAACGAGGUUGUCCUUGAUGAAACUAAAGAUGUCCUUGUGGAGUUUUAUGCACCAUGGUGUGGUCACUGCAAAAACCUUGCUCCUACAUAUGAGAAGGUAGCUACUGCUUACAAGUUGGAAGAGGAUGUUGUAAUCGCUAACAUUGAUGCUGACAAAUAUAAGGAUUUGGCUGAAAAGUAUGGAGUUAGUGGCUAUCCUACAUUAAAAUUUUUCCCAAAGGGCAACAAAGCUGGUGAAGACUAUGAUGGUGGUCGGGACUUAGAUGAAUUUGUUAAAUUCAUCAAUGAGAAGUGUGGCACAAGCCGUGAUACAAAAGGAAAACUUAGUUCACAGGCUGGUAUCAUAGCAAGCUUAGAUGCUUUGGUGAAGGAAUUUGUCAGUGCUAGUAAUGAUGAGCGGAAAGCAAUUGCAUCUCAGAUGGAAGAGGAGGUUGAGAAACUCAAGGGUUCUUCUGCAAGGUAUGGAAAGACCUACUUGAAGGCUGCAAAAAGCUGCAUUGAUAAAGGUUCUGACUAUGCCAAAAAUGAAAUUGAGCGACUUCAACGCAUGCUGGAUAAGUCAAUCAGCCCUUCCAAGGCAGACGAGUUCAUCAUUAAGAAGAACAUCCUAUCAACUUUUGCUGCUUAGGGGUGUGCAUGCUUCUAUCAUACUUUAAGAUUUUUGAGACAAAAAUUUUGAUAUUUGUAUCAGUGCAACCUAGUGAGUUAUGUGUAGCAGGGCCUUAUGUUAGACGUUAUGGUUUGCAUAAUCAUAUGCAAUUACCAAUGAUCUCCAUUUCGUUUUGUUUUUAAAUGACUCAAUCAUGACUAACAGAGAUAGGCUUACCUUAAAA